AUGAACUCACGAAUUUACGUAAUAUUUUCUUCCAAUGAGGCGGGCUUUGAGAGGAAUCGCGAACAUGUGAUGCACCCCCUUCCACUUCAACGACCCAUUUGGUUUGCAAAUUGUGAGAAAACUGUUCACACGGCGUGUGAGUGGACCACCAGCGUAGUGGAUGAUGGAUCUGAUAGUGCGGCAACUUCAGAGGACUCGGCCACGCAUAAUCAGCAUCAUCAGCAGCAACUGCUUUCACACCUCCCACCUCUCUCCCUCUCUGACCCACUAGUUGACCAGACCACAGACACUGGCACGGUGUAA